AUGUCUCUUUUCUCUGCUUACAUUAUGACAGGAUACAGGGAUGAUAUUAAGCACACUCUCCCCUCUUCUAUGCUAUGUCUCUUUUUCUCUGCUUACAUUAUGACAGGAUACAGGGAUGAUAUUAAGCACACUCUUCCCUCUUCUAUGCAAUGUCUCUUUUUCUCUGCUUACAUUAUGACAGGAUACAGGGAUGAUAUUAAGCACACUCUUCCCUCCUAUAUACUAUGUCUUUUUUUCUCUGCUUACAUUAUGACAGUAUACAGGGAUGAUAUUAAGCACACUCUUCCCUCUUCUAUGCUAUGUCUCUUUUUCUCUGCUUACAUUAUGACAGGAUACAGGGAUGAUAUUAAGCACACUCUUCCCUCUUCUAUGCUAUGUCUCUUUUUCUCUGCUUACAUUAUGACAGGAUACAGGGAUGAUAUUAAGCACACUCUUCCCCUCUUCUAUGCUAUGUCUCUUUUUCUCUGCUUACAUUAUGACAGGAUACAGGGAUGA